GGAUGGAGGAUAGAGGGAAGGGGAGUGGGCGGAUGGAGGAGAGGGUAAUAUUCACUUUCUUUAAAUCCUUCAGGUCUCCGGGUCUUAUCGCUGAGCAUGACAAAUAGUGGAGGUGAGCUGAGGUCCUAUAUAAGCGGUUCAAAAUGAAACGCAAAUCACACAACGCCUCAAGUGAUUUCCAGCCUUUGAAAGACCUCCAGCAUCUUUUCACUCUCACCAUGUGGAAGGCAGCACUCUUGACCCUGGGUUUGUUGGUGGCUCUCGUAGACAGGGUGCGCUCCAACGACGGCCAUCCCUCUUUCUACGGGGUGAAACUGUGCGGGAGAGAGUUCAUACGAGCUGUCAUCUUUACCUGUGGUGGUUCUCGCUGGAGGAGAAGCAUAGGAGACUCAGCUCUCAUUGGAGAAGAAGCCUUUGACCCAUGGAACACAGACCCCAUCCUUCAACAUACCAGUGAGCAGGAUCCUGCAGUGUCCAAAGGAUGGAAAGAUCAAACGCUGGAGGUGGCACCGGUGGCUACUGGAUUCAGACACUCAGCUCGCUUGCCGAUCUCAGAGGAGGUGCUGGAGGCUCUGCGGAGUGCGGACAGGAAAGGACGGGAUGUAGUGGUCGGACUGUCCAACGCCUGCUGCAAGUGGGGCUGUAGCAAGAGUGAAAUCAGUUCUCUCUGCUGAACCUAGUCUACUUAAACGUGCAUCUUGUCCUAUCACUCAUCACUUCUCAUAUCACUCAUCACUGUGAUUCCUCCAGUUUUUCAUAGUAACCAUUCAUGAAAUGACACUUCCCAUCCAACUUACUGUCCUUGUGUUUUGACUAAUGGAUACAGGAAUGUGAAUGUGUGUACAAAAGUAGUUUAUUGUGAUUAUAACAGAUUGAUAUAUAUGUAUAUGUUUAAUAAAGCGUUAUGGAGGUGU